GCUGGUGGGCGGGGCCUGAGCGAACCUUGGAGGGGCGUCCCGCCAUCUAAACUCUAGGCUAGAUGACUGGACGAGCCGGCCCAGCUCUGCUGUGCAUGUGCAUUCUCCGCCAACCCGGCUGCCAGCAAGGCUACAGAAGCUUUUUCUGUUUCCCGAGCAUCCAUCUUCGCGGUGGAGGUUUGACGCUUCCCUGGAAGUCCAGAACUCCCACCAAUGCUGACUUAUGUGAGCUCUUCCCGGAAGUGUGCAGUCCUGAAGACAGGCUGGGCAGCCAGUGGCCUGGGGAUUUUGGAGUGAUCGCUAAUGAGUCAGGUGCUGGAGUGUCUGAGGAAAUUUGCCAGUGCAUCCUGGCUGAGACUCAGCAUUUCUCAGCAGAACCCAUUGAGAAGAAGGAAGAGAACAACAUGAAGAGGAAGAAGGAGCAGUUAAAGGAGCGCCUCAGUGCCUGGGACUCGCCCCAUGGCCUGGUUGGUUUACACAACAUUGGCCAGACAUGCUGUCUUAACUCCCUGAUUCAGGUAUUAAUUAUGAAUGUGGGCUUCACCAAGAUAUUGAAGAGGAUAACAGUACCAAGGGGAACAGAAGAACAGAGGAGAAGUGUCCCCUUCCAGUUGCUUUUACUACUGGAGAAGAUGCAGGACAGCCGGCAGAAAGCAGUGCAACCUAUGGAGCUUGCCUACUGUCUCCAGAAGUACAAUGUUCCAAUGUUUGUCCAGCAUGAUGCUGCUCAACUCUACCUCACGGUCUGGAACCUAAUUAAGGACCAAAUCACAGAUGUGGACCUGGUGGAGAGGCUGCAGGCCCUGUAUACAAUCCGGGUGAAGGAGUCCUUGGUUUGCCUUGAAUGUACUGUGGAAAGGAGCAGAAACAGUAGCAUGUUGACCCUCCCCCUUCCUCUUUUUGAUAUGGACUCAAAACCCCUGAAAACACUGGAGGAUGCCCUUCGAUGUUUCUUCCAACCCAGGGAAUUAUCAGGCAAAAGCAAAUGUUUCUGUGAGAAAUGUGGGAAAAAGACUUGUGGGAAACAGGUCUUGAAGCUGACCCAUUUGCCCCAGACCUUGACAAUCCACCUCUUGCGGUUCUCCAUCAGGAAUUCUCAGACAGAAAAGAUUUGCCACUCACUCUAUUUCCCCCAGACCUUGGAUUUAAGUCAGGUCCUUGUGAUUGAAGAAGGCCUCUGUAAUGCUGAGGAACAGCUUGGAAGACAGUAUGAGCUCUUUGCUGUGAUUGCCCACAUGGGGGCAGCUGACUUUGGUCAUUACUGUGCCUAUAUCCAGAAUUCUGUGGAUGGAAAAUGGUUCUGCUUCAACGAUUCCAAUGUUUCUUGGGUAUCCUGGGAAGACAUCCAGUGUACUUAUGGAAAUCAUAACUACCGCUGCAUAAUCCCCUCCAGUUGCAUCCAUGUCAAUACAAAAGGAGAGAAACUGCUUAUCUUCUGGUUUACAUGAAGACUGAGUCCUAAUGGAUGUACCCUAAAACUUCAGAGACUGACAGAAUUUCAUUUUCCUCUCUAUCCCUGGAUCUGUUGACUCUUCCAUGAAAUUUUGCAGUGAGAAGAAGCCUCAUCUUCAAAUUGUGUAAAUUGUUUAUAAUAAGGGGUAAUUUAACAGUAACUUUGCAGGGGUCUUGAUCAGUCAGAAUAGAUACUUCCACCUCUAGACCUUUGGCCAUAUGGCUGGGGAAGAGAGUGCUCCUUGCUGUGGAAGAUAUUAAUUUUUUAGUUAGGGUAGUGUGGGAGCCCAGAUGCUCCUACGGGAGGAGAAACCAGGCCUACAAUGGCAAUGGGAGGCAUUCAGGGGGUAAGGGGCAAUGUUCGGGAGGUAUUUCAGUAUUUUACAGCUACUGUGACAGUACUGGUAUGUACUGGUAGAAUAUGAUUUUUGUUUAUAAUUUGAAACUAUUUUAGGGGCGCCUGGGUGGCUCAGUGGGUUAAAGCCUCUGCCUUCAGCUC